UUUCAGUUCUUUUAUUAAUUAGUUAGUUUGCUAAUUUAGUUAUGAUUCUAUCACGCUGUUAUUCUCUUUACUGACGCUGCAUUAAUUGAUUCUCUCUCUGAAGAACUAGAGAGAUGAGAAGCGCUUCCAAUAUUGAUCUUCACUUCCUAAUUACUUUGAUUUAUUUACUAUUAUUAUUCUCAGUUUGUUCUGCUUACAGUGAUCUUGAUGUCCUGUUGAAACUCAAAUCCUCUAUGAUUGGACCAAAUGGUUCAGGGCUCAAAGACUGGGAGUCAUCGUCUUCUCCCUCAGCUCAUUGCACCUUCUCUGGGGUUUCAUGCAAUGAAGACUCACGUGUAAUCUCUCUAAACGUCUCGUUUUUGCCUCUUUAUGGAGCUAUUCUUCCCGAGAUUGGACUAUUAAACAAGCUCGUCAACCUCACUCUGAGCAAUGUUAAUCUCACUGGGACACUUCCUUUAGAGAUGGCGAACCUCACUUCUCUCAAGGUCUUCAACAUAUCCAACAACGUCUUUAAAGGCAAUUUCCCUGGACAAAUCGUUCUUGGAAUGACAGAGCUUGAAACUCUCAACGCUUACGACAACAACUUCACUGGUCCACUUCCGGUUGAGAUUGCAAGCCUCAAAUAUCUCAAGCAUCUUUCUUUCGGGGGCAACUACUUCAAUGGAGAGAUACCGGAGAGUUACUCAAAGAUUCAGGGUUUGGAGUAUUUAGGUUUAAACGGUAAUGGAAUGAACGGUAAAGUCCCAGCGAUUUUGUCUCGGUUGAAGAACCUGAGAGAAUUGUAUAUUGGUUACUACAACACCUUCUACGGAGGAAUCCCACCGGAGUUUGGAGAAUUGAGUGAACUACGAGUUCUUGAUAUGGCUUCCUGUAACAUCUCAGGAGGGAUACCCGAGAGUUUCUCUGCUUUGAAAAAUCUCUCACUCGUCAAUCUGUUCAAGAACAAUCUCAACGGUACCAUUCCCACGUUUAUAGAAGAUCUUCCAAAUCUUUAUAUGUUUCAGAUAUGGGAAAAUAACUUCACACUUGAACUGCCUCAAAAUCUUGGCCGGAACGGAAAGCUCAGAAUACUUGACGUUACGUCGAAUCACCUCACCGGAAUGAUUCCUCGGGAUUUGUGCAAAGGAGGGAAGUUGCAGUGGUUGAUUUUAAUGAACAAUUUCUUCUCUGGUCCAAUUCCGGAAGAGCUUGGAGGGUGCAAGUCGUUAAUCAAAAUUCGAGGGAUGAACAACUCCAUUAAUGGAACAAUUCCAACCGGAAUUUUUAACUUGCCGUCUCUCGAAAUGAUUGAGUUAGACAACAACUUGUUAUCAGGCGAACUUCCAGAAAAGAUGUCAGGGGGCUCACUCACUCAGUUGAAAAUUGCCAACAAUAAAAUCACCGGAAAAAUCCCUUCUGCAAUCAUAAAUUUUCCGAAUUUAAGUAUUCUAUCUCUUGAAAACAACAGAUUUAACAGUGAGAUUCCAGAGGAGAUCUUCAAUCUCAAGCUGAUUUCGAGGAUAAAUGCAAGUAACAAUAACAUUAGCUGUGAAAUUCCUUCUUCCAUUUCUAGUUGCAGCUCUCUAACAUCAGUUGAUUUUAGUGGAAACAGUCUCUAUGGGGAGAUUCCGAAAGGAAUUUCUAACCUGAGGAAUCUCAACAUUCUUAAUUUCUCUAGAAACAAACUCACAGGUCCGAUACCAGAUGAAAUUCGGUUUAUGACAAGUCUGUCAACUCUCGAUCUCUCUUAUAAUGAUUUUAACGGCACUGUUCCUGUUGGGGGUCAAUUUCUGGUGUUUAAUCAGACCUCAUUUGCUGGAAAUCCUAACCUCUGUUUACAGAGCAACGUCACUUGCCACCAACAGUCGGGUCACAACUACACCACAUCAUUUGGUACUACAAAGUUUAUGAUAACAGUCAUUGCUCUGGUCACUGCCUUAUUACUGAUGAUAGAAUGAGCAACAAGAGAGUUUCAGAUAGAAUAUAUGUAAAAUAAGCGGGGGGGAGGAAUAGUCCGUCAAAUGAAUUCAUCCUUUCCCUGUAAUUUCUCUUAUAUUUAUUUGAAAUAACAGAUGUUGUCGUAGAUUGGCCGUCUGGUUCGUAAUUGGGUAAAAUCUGAGCCCACCCAAACACAAAUAAAAUAACGAAAUUUAAGCCCAGUCAGAUCUGGUUGUCCGUUAAAGCCCAUUUAUCAGUAAUGAUUUUCCCCACAUACCUUACGGGAAAGGCUAAAAUUGGAAAAUUCGAGAGAAUAUGGUGACUUUAGAUCUGAUUCGGAUACCGACCUUUUUCUUGUUUAUUGAGACACACGAUGGGCCUUUAUGUCAUGAUUUGACUUUAUUGAGCUUAAAGGAAAGUUUUUCACCAUGGCUAAGCUUAAAUUUUAUAAAACAACAGGAGGACGAGGCCGCCAAGAUAUCAAUAUCGUAUCCUCCUUUAGAUACGUGCUGUGGGAUUUGUCUUUUUAUUGUUAAAAGUGUGUGAAUGUGGGAUAUAUAAAUAAAAGAUUUAUAUUUCAGUAUUCAACGGGGGGAUAUAUAAUAGAAGGAAGGCUUUGCUUCUGUUAUAAAAUUAAUGGUCGGUGCGUACAUGUGAGGGGUAGCUAUCUACUCACGUCACUCCCAUGAUAUUAAAUGUGCA